AUGGAGAACCCCGCCGCCGACUCCGGGAUCCCGGGGCUGGUGGCCCCCUCAGGGUCUGACAAGUACCAUGUCCUGGUGACGAUGAACGGCGGGAUCUACGUCACAUGGCAGAGCCGCGUGUGCUACUACUGGUACAAGCGCAUGAAGGCGCUGUACCCGGACAGCGCUAUGGGUGGCUUCACCCGCAUCAUCCACGGUGGCGUCGCCGAUGAGUACAUGGAGGAGAUCCCCUCUGUCGUCGUGGACCCCAUGCCAGAGGACAUCGCCAAGCUGGCACAGGGCUACGUGGUGCUGGAACGUCCCCUGGCUUUCCAGCAGUGGGUGCGGCGCUACGCCGCCCAGAUCCCGGAGCCCUACAUCCUCAUGUCCGAGCCAGACCAUGUCUUCGUGCUGCCGCCCCCGCUCUGGGCGACGCCCACCAGCAUCAUCAACAAGUUCAACCCCAAGAACGUCCCCAUCGACCAGUUUGAGCCCAUCGGGAACUCGCCGGUCAUGAUCCACAAGGACCAGUUUGCGUCCAUUGUGGACCUGUGGGUGAACACGAGCCUGGCCAUCAAGGCAGACCACGAGGCCGACAAGGAGUUUGGCUGGGUCCAGGAGAUGUAUGCAUACAGCAUCGCUUCGGCCACGGCGGAUGGAGGGCCCAUCCGCUACGAUCUGCACAAGGAGCUCAUGAUUCAGCCCCCCUGGGACGACCGGCUCUCCUUUGAGGAUGGCACGCACAUAUACAUCAUCCACUUCACCUAUGGCAACGAUUUCUCGGAAAAGGGGGCGUUCACCCCCGGGAAGAUCGGGGCCUGGCACUUUGACAAGCGCGACUAUAUGGCGUAUUAUCCGCCCUCAGACUUCCCACAGCCACCCAAGGGCUGCAACAACACGGCCGUCAGGCGGCUCAUCUCUAGCAUCGGCGAGGCGGCGAGGAGUCUGCCGGACUGGGACUCGAAGACGGCAAAGGUCGAAGUCACGGAUGCCUGA